CGCGAUGGAUGCUCGUCAUAUCUCGUUGGCUGUCAGGCACGUUCCUCUGCGAAGCACAAGCCAUGAUCGAUGCUCUGCGUUGCUUUUCCAAGAGAUCAUUCGCCGUCAAUUCAAAAUGUCUAUGAGCAUCGUAAACACUUCAACAGGACGCGAAUGGUCUGCACUUGAUACGUCUAAACGUGUCCUUACAUUAUCUCCUUGAUCUAUUCCAGGCUAGACGCGACUCAUUAGUAGAGAUGGAGAACAUGCACAAUGAUCCACCAUGGCAUGCAAACGCAGAGCAUGGCGCAUAUCCCGCACUAGCAACGCGACUAUCUCGAACCUCACAACAUCAGUGAAGCAACCCCAACAUUCACCAUGCUCGUAGGACUGUGCGGAGGUAUCUGCGCGGGCAAGUCGUCGAUAGCGCAAUACCUCGCCGAGGAGCUCGGCUUCAAGCACAUCCGCCUCGAGCAGACACCCGCCAUAGCUGCCACAGCCGCGCCGUAUGCAAUUGAAGAGUCCAGUGACACACACCACACAUUCUCCAACGUUGAUGCCCUCGUCGACUUUGUCACGCUGCGCUGGAGAGAACGCUGGGUGACAACCGACAUAUGGGAUGACACUGUCGUCGAUGCACUGCUCAAGCGGCCCUUCUUCCUGCUCAUCAGCGUGGACGCCCCAGUGAGUGUGCGAUGGCAGAGGCUCAAGGCGCGGUAUGCUGCUGAGCAGCUUAAUCCCCCCACUCUUGAGGAGUUUGUCCUCCGCAACGACGCACACCUCUUUACGCCGCGGACGGGCCUAAGUGCCAUGUUUCAGCGAGCACAGCUCAAGCUGCUCAACUCUGCCUCGUCCAUUGCCCAGCUGCGCGAUGCCGUCCGCUCACUCGACCUCACCGACGAAGCCCGUCUGCGUCCAAACUGGGACCAGUACUUCAUGCAGCUGGCGGAUCUGGCGGCGCACAGGAGCAAUUGCAUGAAGAGGCGUGUCGGCUGCUGCAUAGUCAGAGGGAAGAGAGUCAUAAGCACGGGAUACAAUGGCACGCCGAGGGGUAUGACGAACUGCAACGAGGGCGGGUGCCCGCGAUGCAACAACGCUGCCAAAGGCGGUGCAGAUCUCUCGACAUGUCUUUGUCUGCACGCCGAGGAGAACGCGCUUCUCGAAGCCGGACGAGACCGUAUUGGCGAAAACGCGACUCUCUACUGCAACACCUGUCCCUGUCUAACCUGCAGCGUCAAGAUCACUCAAGUCGGCAUCAGCGAAGUUGUCUACAAUCAAGGCUACUUGGUCGAUACCCUGACUGCCAAGAUAUUCGCCGAAAGUGGUGUGCGACUACGACAAUUCUCCCCUCCCACAGGAGGCCUGGUGGAUCUCUCUUUGGGCUCGUUGGCGGAUACAGAGGGUGGAACUGCCAAAGGAAUGGGUAAAGUUGAAGACAUCAGAAGUGUUCUAAACGAUCCCGAUUUUGUGUAAACACCACAAGGUUUGGCGACUACACAGCAUUUUCAUAGAGCAGAAAUAAAAACUUCACACAGUAGCCAGGAG